CCAGCUGACCAAUCAGCGCGCAGGAGCGGCUCCAGGAAACGCUGUCCUGCUUCUCCACCUGCGGAGCCUGAAGGCGGACGAACAGCUGUUACACCUGAGACACUUUGUGGAUUUCUGAGGAGGAAACAGCAGCGAUGGUUUGCGGAGGAUUCGUUUGCACCAAGAACGCGCUUUCUGCGCUAAACGUCGUUUAUGUUAUGGUGGGUCUGCUGCUAAUCGGAGUGGCGGCCUGGGGGAAAUGGUUCGGCCUGGUCUCCAGCAUCAACGUGGUGGCGGGGGUCAUCGGAGUGGGCACCUUCCUGUUGCUGGUGGCCUUUGUGGGGCUUUGCGGCGCCCUGAAGCACCAGCAGGUCCUGCUCUUCUUUUACAUGGUGAUCCUGUUUACAGUGUUUGUGUUGCAGUUUUCCAUCUCCUGCGCCUGUCUGGCUCUCAACACAGACCAACAGAACAAGCUGCUGGAGGUCGGUUGGAACAAGUCCGAGGUGACUAAGAAAGAUGUGGAGAAAACUCUAAACUGCUGUGGCUUCUCUUCUGUUGUUUACAACAGUUCCUGUCCCGCUCAAUGCUACACCACCCCUCAGACCUGCGACCCUUGUUCCUCCAUCCUGCAGAAGUACGCCAGCGAGGUGCUGCGCUUCGUGGGCAGUAUUGGCCUCUUCUUCAGCUUCACUGAGAUUCUUGGAGUUUGGCUCACCCAUAAAUACAGAAACCUGAAGGAUCCUCGAUCAAACCCUGGAGCGUUUCUGUGACCGCUCACACUGAAACAAACCAAACUGCACUGCUGAAGAACUGCUUCGACCUUUGUUGCUGUAGUGAGCUCUGUUUGUGGAUAUGUUUGUCCGAUUCAAUGUUGAUGAUUCCAAAUGUUUAAUACAUGCAUCAAUAAUUGUUUAAUUUGUGCCCAAACAAAGGAUAAACUAGGAUCUGGUGCAUCCAUUUGAUCAGUGAGUAUGUACAGAUAGAAAACAUUGUCUCUGUGCUGUAUUAUGACAUGCACUUCUGUGUUAUGGUUUAUUUGUUAAUUAUAAUAUAUCCAUAUCAGUCUCUUUAUUUAAUGAUGCAUAUCAUUGGGUUUUCUCUUGGUGAGUUUAAGGUGAAAAUGGAAGUUUGGCGAACAGCGUCUGAGCUCAAAAUAAAACCAAAUCCUCUGAACGUGGAAGCAGUGAAAUAUUUUUCUGUCCCUGCAGGUUUUUAAGUGAUUAAUGUUUAAAACUGUGAAUGAAUAAAUGAAGACCUGGAAAAAGUAAA